GGAUACUUGAUGUGUCACCCGAGGGUUGGAGUAUGAUCCUCUUGAAUGAUGUUUGUAUGUUGUUGGGUAUAUUGCAAAAUAUUCGCUGGGACUGAAAGCUUUGCCUGAGCAGUGUAGCUCCAUGUUUGUGGUGCAGUUCACAGGGCUAAGCCAGCUGCCCUCUGACCUUGGAAACAGCCACCCCGUGCCAUCAAACAGCAGGGCAGGAUUUGCUGAAAAUGGAGGGCAGGCGAGCCAGACGCAGAAGAGAAUUAACCUGCUACCAGACAGCAUCCAACCUCUGAGUCUUGACUCUUCUCCAAUGGACUUGGGCAUGUCUGAUCCAACAGCCUGGACCACCGCGAUGAAUAACUUAGGAAUGGCUCCAAUCGGAAUGACAGCAGAUCCCCCUCUACGUAACUUUGACCCCGCCCUUGGCAUGAUGACGGGGAUCCCGCCAAUUAAUCCACUGAUGCCCGGCUUGGGAAUUGUGCCGCCGCCUAUCCUGUCUGACAUGCCGGUGGCCAAGGAGAUCAUUCACUGCAAAAGCUGCACCCUCUUUCCACCCAACCCAAACCUGCCUCCUCCCACGACAAGGGAGAGGCCGCCUGGGUGCAAGACGGUGUUUGUUGGAGGACUGCCGGAAAACGGGACGGAAGAGACCAUUGUGGAGAUUUUUGAGAAGUGCGGGGAGAUCGUAGCUCUUCGGAAAAGUAAAAAGCACUUCUGCCAUAUCCGUUUCACUGAGGAGUAUAUGGUGGAUAAAGCAGUUUAUCUCUCUGGUUAUCGCAUCCGGCUGGGAUCCAGCACCGACAAAAAGGAUACGGGACGCCUCCACGUGGAUUUUGCGGAAGCCCGGGAUGAUCUCUACGAGUGGGAAUGCAAGCAGCGGAUGCUGGCCAGAGAAGAGCGUCAUCGCAAAAGGAAGACGGACGAGCGGUUCCACCCACCCUCCCCGCCUCCCGUGGCGAACUAUUCGGACUACGAGUGCAGCCUGGUGGUGGAGAAGCUAAAAGUGGAUGCCAAGUUUUUGGAAGCAGUUCAGACGUUGCUGGCCUGGCUAGAGAGGGGGGAAGUGAACCGGAGGACGGCCAACAGCUUCUACACCAUGGUCCAGUCCGUUAACAGCCACAUCCGCCGACUGAUGAACGAAAAAGCGGUCCACGACAAGGACAUGGAGGAAGCGAAGGACAAAUUCAAACUGGCUUUGUCGGGGAUCCUUGCUCAGUUCGAGCAGAUAGUGGCCGUGUACCAUUCUGCCUGCAAACAAAAGGCGUGGGACCACUUUACGAAAGCGCAGCGUAAGAACAUCAGCGUGUGGUGCAAGCAAGCUGAGGAACUCCGUAACCUUCACAAUGAUGAACUGAUGGACAUUCGCCGGGAGGAAGCAAUGGAGAUGUCUGAUGAUGAAACGGAGUCAGCUGAGAGCAAAGAUACUGAAGAAUCAGUUUUAGUUUCACAAACAGAAGCGCUGAAGGAGGAAAACAACAGCUUACGGUGCCAGUUGGACGCUUACCGAAAUGAAGUCGAGCUCUUGAAGCAGGAGCAGGGCAGAGCAGGGCGAGAAGACGACCCCGGCAAGGAUCAGCAGCUGAAAAUCCUCCAGCAGACUUUACAAGGAAUGCAGCAGCAUCUCCUAAAACUGCAGGAGGACUGCGAAAGAAGAGAAGCUGAAUUGGAAAAAGUGAAAAAAGAAAAAUUAAAGCUUGACAAAUUGCUUGAGAAACUGAAGGAAAAGCAAGAACUGGCAGGUGGACCUGACAGAGGGAAAGACUCAACGGAAGCUAAAGAUGGAGUAGGUGGUCUCCUGAACAUUAUGCAUGACAAUGACUUGUCCACCAUUGGCUCAAAGAGUCCAGAGAAGGAAAGACUGCUUGAGAGAGGACUUCACUGCAACCCUUUAAGAUUGGAGAGGGAAGCUUUACUAGUGGGGAUAAUCUCAACUUUUCUGCACGUUCAUCCUUUUGGGGCAAGUAUCGAAUACAUCUGUUCCUACCUCCAGCGCCUGGACAGUAAGAUUUGUGCCACUGAAGUGGAAAACCUCAUGACACGACUCCAGCAUACUUUCAAACAAGAGAUGAAUGGGGUUGGAGCGAGCCUAGAGAAGAGGUGGAAAUUUUGUGGUUUUGAAGGACUGAAGACUAUAACCUGAAUGUGAAGCCAGGAGUCCUUUGAACUCUUUAACAGAAUGUGCAAUAUUUGCAGUAUGCAUAGAUACAGUUCCCUCUUGGCAAAGCCAGUCCUUGAAACUGCAUCAAAAAAAUUGGGGGCCAGUUUUUAGGGACUGUAAGGAUGUGGUUGUUCUUUUGUUUGUUUGUUCAUUACCCUAACGAAUCCUUUUGCAAUGGACUGUCAUACACACUCUUGGCUUUAUACUGACCCUGUCCUUUGGAUCUUUGAUACUUUUUACAACUCCCGUUGGCUAAAAACAUUUUCUUUGAACACGACACACUCAGGCCUCUGUUUAACAUUUUUACCACUGAGAGCAGCUAAAAGAAAAUAAGUACAAUACAAUACAAUAUAAUAAAAUAAUCAAUAAUGACAUUGGA